CGCGGAGUCUUAACGGAAAGAACCAAACACACACACACACACUGGAACCCAGGAUGGAGCGAGGCUCUUGGACACUUUUGCUGCUUUGCUCCGCGGUGUUUUGGUGCGGAUCCGCGCAGGAGUUCGGCGCCACGCAGUUCGUGUGCACGUCGGUGCCGAAGGACGCGGACCUGUGCGCGGCCACCAUGCAGAACAGCGCGCCGGCGGAGGACCUAAAGAGCACCGUGCUGCAGCUCCGGGAGACCGUCCUGCAGCAGAAGGAGACCAUCAUGAGCCAGAAGGAGACCAUCCGGGAGCUGACGGGGAAGCUGAGCCGCUGUGAGGGCGCAGCGCAGGAGGACGGAGGAGCGGCGCAGAAAGCCGGGGGACGCAGGAAGGAGUCGGGCAAGAACACCAUGGGGGACGUGUCCCGGACUCCCGGGGACACCCUGGCGCAGCUCGGGCUCACUUUAGCCACACUCAAACAGAGGCUGGAGAACCUGGAGCAGUACAGCCGGACGAAUGGCUCGGUGCAGGCCAACAGUCUGAAAGAUUUGCUGCAGAAUAAAAUCGAUGAUAUGGAGCAGCAGGUUCUGUCCCGAGUAAACACGCUGGAGGAGAGUAAAGCAGGAGCGAGUAACAACACGGAGCAGCGCAACCGCGUGGAGUCAACACUGAGCACACUACACCACCGAGUCACUGACCUGGAGAAAGGUCCUAAAGGCAGCAGACCCAUGGAUAAGUUCCAGCUGACGUUCCCUUUACGCACCAACUACAUGUACGCUAAAGUGAAGCGCAGCCUGCCGGAGAUGUAUGCCUUCACGCUGUGCCUGUGGAUCAAAUCCAACGCCUCGCCCGGAGUGGGAACGCCGUUCUCCUAUGCCGUGCCGGGACAGGCCAACGAACUCGUGCUCAUCGAGUGGGGCAACAAUCCCAUGGAAAUCCUCAUUAACGACAAGGUUGCCAAACUGCCCUUCCUGAUAAACGACGGGAAAUGGCAUCACAUCUGCAUCACAUGGACGACACGUGACGGUGUUUGGGAAGCGUUUCAGGAUGGCGUUUUGCGUGGAACCGGAGAGAACCUGGCUCCGUAUCAUCCCAUCAAACCCAAUGGAGUUCUGGUCUUGGGGCAGGAACAGGACACGUUGGGUGGCGGAUUUGACGCUACGCAGGCUUUCGUAGGCGAGCUGGCAAAUUUCAACGUGUGGGACAAGAAGCUGUCGUCUGGCGAGAUCUACAACUUGGCAACCUGCAACAGCAGAGCGCAGUCCGGCAACGUCCUGUCCUGGUCGGAGUCAAACAUCGACGUGUUCGGCGGUGCCACCACGUGGACUUUCGAGCCGUGCCGUCAGCUCAACUGAACUGCUGCAAAGAAAUGAGAAAUAAAAAUAAAAGAAAUAACAAUGAAAAACAGCGCCGAUCUGAGAUGCGAUAUUUCGAAAGCUUCUGUCUUUACUUAUCUUCAUUUUGACGUUGAGUUAAAAAAAAAAAACGGUACCCGGUGAACUGAAUAAGAGCACAGAUUUCUAUGAAUUCUUACAUAUUUGUGUGCGAAACAGAAAAAAUUCUUCUCAGUCUUGUCCGUCUUGAAAACUUUCUUGUAUGUUUUGAAAACCGCAACACUGGCUUAUUUUUUUUUUUUUUAACUUUGGAUAUUUUCGUUUUUGUAUUCUUCUCAAAUCGCACUCAGUUUUUUUUUUUAAAUUAGCUUUUUCUUGCUUUUUCUCAGAAUGGAAGCUGGACAGAUGUGUCUUGAAGAUUGACAACGCUGGAAAAAGAUUUAAAUUAAAAAAAUGCUCUGAGGAUGGAAAAACGGGUUUAUUGGACGGUAUUUUAUUGGACGGUAUUUUACCUCGAGAUUGAGUUCUGCUCUUUAAAGGAGUCUCUGGAUUUUGCACUGUGACUACAGAAGGUUGUGGGUCCAAAUCCCAAAACUAGCACUGUUUGGGUUCUCGACUCGUCAGCUCUGCGCUUGGGUCAGAUGUAGUAGUGGAUCAGAAGGUUGCGAGUUCGAAUCCCAUAACUGUCAGAAAGCCAUCUGUAUGUUCUAUAAACAUGGAUGUUGAAAGUGUCUGGAUAAAUGUAUAAUGUAAACAGAAUCAGAUCAUUUAAUGUUUGACGGUUAUGUAGGUGUUAUAGGAUAAAUAUUUUAUUUAUUAUAUCUCUUCGGAUGUUUCUCUUCAGGAUGUCGUUCAAUUUUGCCAACAUGAACAUGCUUACGAGCCUGAGUGCCUUUGGGCUGGAGCACCGAUUCAGCAGCACACACACUUUUUUAUUUAUUCCUUUAUUUAUUUAUUUAAAAAAAAUCCGCUUUAAUUGUCGUGUUACCUUUACAGAAUGCAGGUUUAAAUGUGUUUCACAGAUUGUGGUGUGGUUUUUUUUUCGUUUUUUUUCUUUUUGUUCUUUUUUUUGGCAGGUGUUUGUACUCUGUAAAAGGAAUGUUAAUGCAUAGCCACAGCAUGAGCUAAACGAACGCUGCGUCCACAGUUUGCUUAUUUUUUUCUCCCUUUCCCCUAUGGUUUGGGUCGGGUUUUUCUACUGUAUUGUUAUACGCUAAAAGCAUGGCACC